GGGCCUGGGCGAGGAGGCGCCGCCGCCGCCGCCCUCCCCCCUCCCGGUCCGUGCCGCGUGUGCGGGGUUGCCGUGAGUGGGGAGCUGCGGCCGGGGCCGGGCUGCGCGUAGCACAGAUCAGCUCGCAGAAGUGCAGCCAACCCGCCCUGUUUUCUCUCCGUGUGCGAGCAGAGGGUGGAAUUGUGGGCUCCCUGGGAGAGUGAUGAAAAGCAGCCAUCAAUAGAGAAUUGUGAAUGGACAGCAGAGGAAAACCACAGUGGCUGCAGGACUAUGAGUCAGAAGGAGGGAGGAGUCUUGACUUCUGGUGGAUCCCAGCAGAGAGGCCAGCGGAGCUGCGUGAAUGCCAGUGGUGUUUUCACACUGCCCUGAGGAGAUUCCACCAAUUGUGAUCAUCUGGGCUUUCACUGCAGUGGCCUAUGGCAGCACCAGAUGUCCAUUUCAGAGCCUGAACUCCAGAAUCCUCUGUGCUCCACUUACAGCCAUGCAGCAGGAGCAGAUCCAGCAGCUGAGCACCAAGCGACUAGAAAGGAUGCCAGUGCAAUAUGUUCUUGGUGAAUGGGACUUUCAGGACCUGACUCUGAAGAUGAGCCCCCCGGUAUUUAUUCCUCGACCUGAGACAGAGGAUCUUGUCUCCUUAGUAGUGGAGGAAGGAUCUCAGAAGUGUGAGGAGAAGAACUCAGGCCUUCUGUUCCCAGCUGCUGCCCCUCAUCCUGUGAUCCUGGAGAUUGGCUGUGGCUCUGGAGCAAUUGCUCUAAGUCUGUUGUGCAAACUGCCACAGAGCCAAGUGAUAGCUGUGGAUAAAGAGAAGGCUGCUGUGGAUCUCACCAGGGAUAAUGCACAGAGGCUGCAACUCCAGGACAGGAUCUACGUCCUCCACCACGAUGUUUCGUCCAGUUCUGCCAAGCAGCUGCUGCUUUGGGGCCCUGUGGACUUCAUAGUCAGUAACCCGCCAUAUGUCUUCCAUGAGGACAUGGCGUCCCUGGCUCCAGAGAUCUUUCGCUAUGAGGACCUUGGUGCACUGGAUGGGGGAGAUGAUGGAAUGAGAGUCAUCAAAACAAUUCUGGCUCUGGCUCCUUCGCUUCUGAAGGAUUCUGGGAGUGUGUUUCUGGAAGUUGAUCCCAGACACCCAGAGAUGGUGGCGAAUUGGCUACAGACACACCCCAACUUGCUACUCGCUCUUUGUGCCAUUCACAAGGACUUCUGUGGCAAGCCUCGGUUUCUGCACAUCCAAAAACAAAGCAGGUGACAACUGUACCUGAAAUAAGUCUUCCUUGCAGUAUGCUUCUCACUGUUGAGCUCUGCUGAACAGCUUGUUGAAAAUUCUGCAUGGCAGAAGGACUCUCCACUGCAUUUCCCAGUGCUUUGAGCUCUCCAUACAGUGGCAGGCCUCCUCGCUUCCUGUUACAGUCUUCAUCUGGAGCUGCAGAGGAUCAAGAGAGAAAAACUAAGAUGGAAACAUGCGGAAGUGCUUGACUUUCCUCAGGGAACUGCAUACAAUGUUUUAGUUCUAUACUAAACUGACUUAUUAAUCUCAGAACCCAAUAUGGAAGAGUUCACAAUUCCAGUUAUUUCAUCAUAUUUCUGUUAUGACAAAUUUCAAAGAAAUUCUUAAGAGUACAACUUCUGAACAGAUCAGAUGGCGUGUUUGACCUUCAAGAAAUUUCACAAUUUUUAGUUCUGCUUUUUGCCUUAAGAGAAAUUUAAGAAAAAGUGGCCAGACUGUAUAAUAGGUCCAAACUGUGGCUUGUCCUGGUGCAUAGUGUGCGUAGUGUGUGGGUGUAAUGGGACAUGACUCAUCUGCACACUUCAGAUUGAGUUCUGUUGCAGGAUCCUGAUGCUCUGAAGUGGCUCCCCAGUAGUAAAGCAGCGUAGUCCCCACCAAGUGGCAUGUCAUUAAAGGACCAAUACACAUGUUACACCAUGGUUGCUGAGGAGAGACAGAGUUCUACAGCUGAGAUAAUGUGAUUUUGAGGUGGACUUGGGAAGAGAUCAGACCAGAAUUUACUGGCUCAUUUGCCCCUUCUUUUGGAAUAUUCUUGUUUGGGCUAGAAGGGAAAAACCUCACAUUUGCACAGCUAUGGGUCACAGCUGAAAAAAGCACGUCCUUCCUAUCACUUUUUUUUUUUUUUUUUUCCAGAUUCCUGGCUGUACAGGUUGCAGACUUGAGAAAGGAAAGAGCUCUCUUGGUAUUGUUAAAACCAUCUGAAUGUGCAGCUCCUCCUAUGUUGUGGAUGCUGCCAGAAACAAACAAUACAUCGUAAUAAAGAUUGUGCUUCACGUAGGUGAAACCAGGUCUCAGAUCAGUGUUCCUUGCAAGAACUGCUGUGCAAUCAUAUUUUCAAAUGUGCUAGCAGAGCUGAAUAAACAUCUGGGAUCCACA